CUCCUCACUGCUGCUGCAAACUCAGGACCGCUUCGCCCCCCUUGAAACUACCUUAUAGCACAGCAUCACCUCUCUGCACCCCCCCCUUCCCAUACACACUUGCAUCCUGAGGUCGGGAGGGGUGGAGGGUGUGGAGAGGAGGGGGGCCACCUUGGCUGCACCAUCACUAGAAAAGCCGGAGAGCUUAACGCCACCGCGUCACUCUGAGGGCGGAUAUCGGCCGGUCCUCAUCCUCUCUUCAUCUUCCUCCUCCUCCUCCUCUUCUUCCUCCUCCUUCCCUGCACUCUCCCCACUCGGUCUCCAUCAGUCUUCAUGGUUCUGAUCUCACCCCACGCCAUGCAAGCCACCCGGGCGUCCACCACCGUCAGUGUGUUUGCGGACUGCAGCAUCCCGGCCGGGCUCCGGAUAGGACCGGUACCGGGCAUCUUCAAACUCGGGAAGUACGUGUCGGAUCGUAAAGAAGUUGGACCCAAGAAGAAGAUCCGCUUGGUUCGGGGGGAGUUUGUGGAUGAGUCGGGCUGUCCCGUGCCAGACUGGAUCGGAUUGAUCCGCGCCGCCAGAAACAGUCAAGAGCAAAACCUGGAGGCUGUGUCGGACUUACCUGGCGGACAGAUUUUCUACCGCGUGCUGAGAGAAAUCCCUGCAGGAGAGGAGCUCAGUGUUUGGUACUCCAACGCUCUGGCCCAGUGGUACGACAUCCCCACUACGGCCACUCCCACGCACGACGAGAAAGGUGAGGAGCGUUACAUCUGCUGGUACUGCUGGAGAAUAUUCAAAUACCCGAACACACUCAAGGCCCACGUCCACUUCCACUGCGCCCUGAGCAACGGGCGGGGGUUUGUGAACAGCGAGCAGGCCAGAGGCACGGAGACCUUCAGCAGGUCACCAAAGUCUGGAGACAUCCCUAACACUUCCACCUCUCCGAGGAGCGGGCACAGUAACUCCUCCAUCUCAGACUCAGGCAGGCGGGCAGUGGCCUCCUCGCCGUUUCUACACAAAGUGGGACUGUCAAAGAAAAGCAGCUCAGAGGAGCAGGACAGGGCCCUCGACAUGAGCGUUACCUCAGCCAGGAACCAGGGACACAUCCUCGGCCUCGGCGCCACAUCAUCAGUUCUGAGCAGCAUGGGCUUCCACCCGGGUGUGCGCUCUGCCUUCAAACCGACCGGCAUCUCCAAAGUCCCGGGCGCGGACGCCUCCAGAGAGGACGCAAACGGGAAGCUGAGUGGCCUGGGAUUCAGCAAACUCAUUGGAAACAUGAAACCUAUCCGCAAUGUAGGUGAGACUCUAAAUGGAGGAGGGAACCACCCUCCCAAGUGCGCACCUGCAAUUAUGGACUCCGCAUCUCCGAUGGUGCCAUGCACAAACGCUAUCCGGGGUUUCCCGUUGCUGCCUCACAUGGAGGAGACAUCAGCUUUCAAGCACGUAGAGAGUCGGAUGCACUCUGGCCUGUCCCCGUCCCGUUACCCCCAGAUGCCCCCUGGACUCCAUUUUGAGAGGUUCUCUCUCCCUCACUUCGACGGGGUCAAGACAUACGGUGGAGACUGUAACAUCCCUCUCAUGCCCCUCACUGUCUAUAACGGGGAGCUCCUGUACAGCUCACCUUACUAUCCGCUCAAAUUCCACUUCAGCAACCUCCUCAAGUACCCGGAGUCCAUGUCCUACUUUGGUGCGCCGUCACUGAACCACGACCUGGGCUCAAUCACCAACAUCGACCGGGAGAUCGCCAUGCACACGCAGCAGCUCUCUGAAAUCGCCUCGGAGAAGAACCGAACGAGGUUGGACUCAAUCCCCACCGGGAGCGCCAGCAACGCCGGGUCUGGCAAGCCGAAAAAGGGACACUUGUGUCUGUACUGCGGCAAGCUGUACUCCAGGAAAUACGGCCUGAAAAUCCACAUGAGGACUCACACAGGUUACAAACCGCUCAAGUGCAAAGUGUGCUUCAGGCCGUUUGGAGACCCCAGCAACCUGAACAAACACAUCCGGCUCCACGCGGAGGGGAACACGCCCUACAGGUGCGACUUCUGCGGGAAGGUGCUGGUGCGGAGGCGGGAUCUGGAGAGACACGUCAAGUCCAGACACCCCGGGCAGACCGUCAAGAAACUGGACGACAAACCGGGCGGCCUGUUCGAGGACGCAGAGCAAAAGAGCGACAAUGACAGUGAUGUGGACGUGUGCUUCACCGACGACCAGAGCGACCAAGAGUCGAGCAAAAAUAAUGACUGAGAUGUUUUCAUCCCCACAGAGAGACUGCUCAUUGACUUUAAAUUAUGUACACAAGAAAACACGUCAUUUAGUCUUGUACUGAACCUUUCAUUUUUACAUUUUACUGACCCAAGGGCGUCUGAACAACAUGGCACAAAAAUUCCCAAAGUUAAAAAAGAAAAAUCGCAGUUAAAAUAUUACUUUUGAUUUAGGGGGUACUUUUGUUUUUGUUUGGUGUUUUAUCAUGACAUAUUCGAGGGAAAAAUCGAUAUAUUUAGUUGUUAUUUACAGUACACUUCAACAAUGUUCCCCUGCUCUGCCAAAUAACCUGUGGCCUUUGGUUCUGGCACGCUUUUAACCACGCCGAACAAAAGUCUGCCAGAGAUGCUGCAGACAUUUUCGUUUGACUAUAAUGCAAAUAAUCAUAAUUGUUUUCAUAUCUUUAUGCAAAUGGCGAAAUCUGUCUUUAUCUCUUGCGUCUGAAAAUACUGACAAUUCUACAAAACCAUCAGAGAAACGACAGACAACACAAGAACAAUGAUACAACAUCGCCUUUCAGUCGCUUUAAAAAAAAGAAAGUCAAGGCAGUAUAUGAGACUAAAUUACCUCUUAAAUUAAAAAAGGGAAAAAGAAAAGAAA